UUGAAAUGGCUGCUCCCUUUCUGUAAACAUUUGCGUUAUGUUUACGAAAUCUGCGUCUUAAAAUAAUCCUUUCGGUGACAGCCACUGUGCUGUAGCAUUCGAGUAAAUUUGUUUCUUACCUACAGAGACAUAAAUGGACCUCAGCUCUUCAUCUUAAUGUGAGGAUUUCUACAUUUUUAACUCAAAAGGGACACGCGGCUCGCUGUUAGCUAACAUUAGCAUCUGUAACAGAGAUAAUGGAUGACGAUGUUUCCAUGCAUAGACUGGAAGGGACAGAUCCAUCAGCCCAAAUUGGUGGACUCAUUGUAAAGAAGAAGAGUGCUGCUGCAGAAGCCCAUGUUUUUCGGGCACCAACUCCACGCACCUCUUUGCUGGGUUUGGACCUUCUAGCAGCCCAGAAAAGGAAGGAGCGUGAGACCAAGGAAAAAGGAGACGGUUCUGAUGAGGACAGAAAUGGAAAGAAAUCAAAGGUUUCCUCCUAUAAGGACUGGGAAGAAAAUAAAAGUGAUUCUGGGUCAGAUGAGGAGGAUGAUGAUAAGAGCAGAGGUGCUAAGAAGGAAAGUCUCAGCAGCAGGAAGUAUCGUGUGACUGGAUCUGAGACGCCGUCCAACCCUGGAGGGGUCAGUGAGGAGUUCCGUCGGAAAAACCAGCAACGGGAGAAAGACCGACGUGAGCAUGGAGUCUAUGCUUCCUCUAAGGAGGACAAGAACAGAGACAGAGACCGGGACCGGGACAGAGAGAGGAGCAGAGAUAAGGGUAGAGACCGACGAAGUGAAAGAGAUGAUCGAGAAAGCAGCUAUAGCCGUGGCAGCAGCCGGUCAGAGCGUGGCGACCGCAGUGAGAGAAGUGAGCGUUCACAGAGAGACGGUUGGUCCGAUCGCAUCAGCCGAGGGAGCAGGAGGGAUGAACCAAUGACGCCACAGCAUCGCCCCAGAGAUUCGUUCACACCCUCGCGGUCCAACUGGGAUGAGGAUGACAGCGGUUAUGCCAGUUCACGCCAUUCCCAGUGGGAGUCUCCGUCCCCUGCCCCAUCUCACAGAGAGUCCGAGCGCUCAGAGAGAAGCCACAGAUCUGGCCGAGAAAGUGAGAGGAGGGACAGGUCAGUCAAGGGUCGUUACCCUGACGACACACCCCUACCUACACCAUCCUAUAAGUACAAUGAUUGGGCCAAUGACAGGAAACACUUGGGCUCUACUCCACGUUUAUCACAAGGAAAAGGUAGGAAAGAUGGAGAAGGAGGCAUUAUGUUUGAUAAUGAAGAUGAGAAAGAACAGUGGGAAGAAGAUCAGAAGCAAGCGGACAGAGAUUGGUACAUGAUGGAUGAAGGCUAUGAUGAGUUCCACAACCCUUUCACCACCACAUCUGAGGAAUAUGUGAAGAAGAGAGAGCAAAUCCUUCAGAAGCAGACGCAGAAACGAAUAUCAGCCCAGAAACGACAGAUUAAUGAGGAUAAUGAGCGAUGGGAGACCAAUCGGAUGCUUACCAGUGGCGUCGUGCAGAGGUUGGAGGUGGAUGAAGACUUUGAGGAGGACAAUGCUGCGAAGGUUCACCUGCUUGUCCACAACUUGGUUCCUCCCUUCUUGGAUGGAAGAAUAGUCUUCACUAAACAGCCAGAACCAGUCAUCCCUGUGAAGGAUGCAACCUCAGACAUGGCCAUCAUCUCUCGUAAAGGCAGCCAACUUGUUCGCAAACACAGAGAGCAGAAGGAACGUAAAAAGGCACAACACAAACAUUGGGAAUUGGCAGGCACCAAGCUGGGAGAUAUCAUGGGUAUUAAGAAGACAGAGGAAGAAGACGUCUCUGGGGGCAAGGUUGUAGGCGAAGAUGGCAAAGUAGACUACAGAGCAGAGCAGAAAUUUGCAGAGCACAUGAAAGAGAAGACUGAAGCCAGCAGUGAAUUUGCCAAGAAGAAAAGCCUCCUGGAGCAGAGACAAUAUCUACCAAUUUUUGCUGUCAGACAACAACUUCUCAACAUAAUAAGGGACAACAGUAUAGUGAUUGUUGUUGGGGAGACAGGCAGUGGAAAGACCACCCAGCUGACCCAGUACCUGCACGAGGACGGCUACACCAGCUAUGGCAUGGUGGGAUGCACUCAACCCCGAAGAGUGGCGGCCAUGAGCGUCGCAAAGAGAGUCAGCGAAGAGAUUGGCACCAACCUGGGAGAGGAGGUGGGAUAUGCAAUCCGCUUUGAAGACUGCACAUCAGAGAAAACGAUGAUAAAGUACAUGACAGAUGGUAUCCUGCUCAGAGAGUCUCUGAGGGAGUCUGAUCUGGACCACUACAGUGCUGUAAUCAUGGAUGAGGCUCACGAACGUUCACUGAACACUGAUGUGUUGUUUGGGCUUCUGCGUGAGGUUGUGUCUCGACGCACCGACUUGAAACUUAUAGUUACGUCUGCAACUAUGGACUCAGACAAGUUUGCUGCAUUUUUUGGCAAUGUACCUAUAUUCCACAUUCCAGGAAGAACAUUUCCAGUCGAUAUCUUGUUUAGCAAGACCCCUCAGGAGGACUAUGUGGAGGCAGCAGUGAAGCAGGCCUUGCAGAUCCACCUCAGUGGGAUGGUCGGAGACAUUCUCAUCUUUAUGCCCGGGCAGGAGGAUAUCGAGGUGACAUCUGAUCAGAUUGUGGAGCGGUUGGAGGACUUGGAGAAUGCUCCUCCUCUGGCUGUGCUGCCUAUCUACUCCCAGCUGCCCUCUGACCUCCAGGCCAAGAUCUUCCAGAAGGCUCCAGAUGGUGUAAGAAAAUGCAUUGUUGCCACAAACAUCGCUGAGACUUCCCUCACUGUGGAUGGAAUCAUGUUUGUUGUGGAUGCAGGAUACUGUAAACUAAAGGUGUUUAAUCCCCGCAUUGGUAUGGAUGCUCUGCAGGUCUAUCCCAUCAGUCAGGCUAAUGCUAACCAGCGCGCCGGUAGAGCAGGACGUACAGGACCAGGACAGUGUUACAGGCUCUACACUCAGAGUGCCUUUAAGAAUGAGAUGCUGACCACGACCAUCCCAGAGAUUCAAAGGACCAACCUGGCUAAUGUGGUCCUCCUGCUGAAGUCUUUAGGAGUCCAGGAUCUGCUCCUCUUCCACUUUAUGGAUCCACCACCUGAAGACAACAUGCUCAACUCUAUGUACCAGCUCUGGAUCCUGGGGGCUUUGGACAACACAGGUGCUUUGACACCGACCGGGCGUUUGAUGGUGGAGUUUCCUCUCGACCCUGCUCUGUCCAAGAUGCUGAUCGUGUCCUGUGACAUGGGCUGUAGCGCCGACAUCCUUAUCAUCGUGUCCAUGCUGUCUGUGCCAGCCAUCUUUUACCGACCGAAGGGCCGUGAGGAGGAGAGUGACCAGGUGAGAGAGAAGUUCUCAGUCCCAGAGAGUGACCACCUCACCUACCUCAACGUCUACAUGCAGUGGAAGAACAACAACUACUCCAGCAUCUGGUGCAACGAGCACUUCAUCCACACCAAGGCCAUGCGCAAGGUGCGAGAGGUGCGCUCACAGUUAAAGGAUAUCAUGGUGCAACAGAGGAUGAAUUUGAUUUCCUGUGGCUCGGACUGGGACAUCAUCAGGAAGUGUAUCUGUGCAGCUUACUUCCAUCAAGCUGCCAAACUGAAGGGCAUCGGUGAAUAUGUAAACGUGAGGACAGGCAUGCCAUGUCACCUCCACCCGACCAGCUCUCUGUUUGGGAUGGGCUACACCCCCGACUACAUCAUUUACCACGAGCUCGUCAUGACCACCAAGGAGUACAUGCAGUGUGUGACGGCAGUGGAUGGAGAGUGGCUGGCAGAGCUCGGACCAAUGUUUUACAGCAUCAAACAUGCAGGAAAAAGCAGACAGGAGAACCGUCGACGAGCCAAGGAGGAGAUCAGCAACAUGGAGGAGGAGAUGGCGCUGGCCCAGGAGCAGCUGCGAACACGUCGAGAGGAGCAGGAGAAGAAGAGUAACCCCGGCAGCGUGAGGGGGGUGAAGAUCUGCACACCAGGACGAAAAGAAGAAGUCCCCAUGACGCCCAGACGCACCCCCGCUCGUUUCGGACUCUAGACCACAUGACCCGCGAAGCUUCGUCUGAACUAAUAAGUGGACCACACCAGCACAAACAGAGCAACACCGAGCUGACACAGAAUCAGCUGCAGUUCCUCCACCAACCACUAGAGUGAGAACUUGUAUAAGGCACAAGACUCAAAGACCAGCUUUGAUUCAGAGCCAUUUCAACGCCUCCUUUAGCUUUAUUCACAAAUAGUGGUGUCCGUGGUACAGUGCAGUCAUUUAUUUCGCUGAUAUUUAAGGUAAUCUUUGCUGUUGUCUUUGUACAUUUCAUAUUUAUUAGCUGCCGAAUACAUUCGUGGCUGUAAAGAUGCCACCGCUGUGUUUUUACCUGGAAACAUUUACAUUUUCUGCCUUUGUUUUUUUUUUUCAUUUUUCUUCAUUCUCAGUGGGUUUUCAAAGGGGGGACAGAGGAGCAAAGAGUGUCUGGAUUUUAGGGUUACUUCUUUCUGUCUUUGCAUUUACUGUUUCUUGCACCGUUGAGGCUUACGCAGCAUAUGUGCCACCAUAAAGUGCUCCUCCACUAACUCAAGCACUAUUCAAACUGUACUUGUGUCAUGAGAGUCUUACACUCUAGAGUUGCAUUGUAAAACCUUCGAUUACACACACAAAAUACACUCAUGCAGGCAAUUGACCUUAUUCUACUUUCUGUUAACCUUAUUCCAACAAUGUAAUAUACCACAGUUUUAUCACAUACAAGUAUACUGAGUCAGAUUAACCCUAACUGGAUUAUUUUUUACAGUUGUUUUUGUCGAAACUCAACAUAUUUCUGUGAUUUUGCUUUAAACCGAUGCUUUCUUUCGUGUUUUCUAUAUGUUCCUCUUGUGCGUCAUCAGCUGAUCAUUAUAUGUGAUUUCAGGCAGACGAUCUGUAAAGAAACGGUGUAAGUAAAGCCAUGUUUGGUAGUGACAUUUUUUUUCUUCUAUUUUUUUCUACGACUGCAGCAUUGCUGAUGGGUUUUUUCCUUUACAACAUUUUGUAAAUGAGAAAAAAAAAUAAAUGUUAACUAUUUUUGUAAGCCAAGGUGAUUUCAUUGUUUGAUGCUGUCAUCAGUGCUGAUGUUUUUGGCAAGUUUCGACGGGUAUUUUUACAAUGGCAUAGCAGUGGCAUUGAAAAUAACUCAACAGUAACUGAAUAUUCGACUGUGCAUGGAACAGGAGCAAAUACAUUAACACAGACACUAACAUUUACUUUCAUUGUUGGUGAAAACGCAAUUUUUUUUAUAGAUAUAUCAAGUAAAAACGGUGAUAUUUUCCCAGUGUACAACAUCUUAUUCAACUGCCCUAAAGACCUGAUAUUUCACUGUCGUGUGUGACAAAGAAACCAGCAAAUUCUUACUUUUGAGAAGCUGAAACUGGGAAAUGUUUAACACAUUUGCUUAGAAAAUGAUAAAUGAUUGUUUUUUUCCCUGAUGAUAAACUUGUAAUUGUUAACCAUCACUGAAAUCGGGACAAAUUAACCAAAACUAAAAUCUAACAGAAGACUAAGAUAAACUUUCCUGUAAAACAUAGUCACAAUUACAGGCUUUAAUAUUCCUGUAUGUACAUGUAAUUAUGUGCCGCCACCACCACCACCAACGCUGUGCCUGUAAACCACAUCACUGAGGUGGUCAUAAUGAAAUACCCUGAACAUUUGUUUGCAUUGUCAGUUUCAGAAGCAUACACACACACACACACACACACACACACAACACAUAGAGGCAAGUUGAAGUGAUCAGAGGGAAGGAUCCUGGGUUUGUCCCUCCCUCACUCAGACAUUCGCACCCACAGAUGUCACACAUCUACAUGAGUGAUCCCGGGGCUUUGAAACCCCUCAGCUGUAAAGACAUUGAUACGCUUUAGAUGAAGAGCCAAGCUAUAUGUGGGUGGAUCUUGUUUCUGGCUUUAUUGAAGCUGUAUGUAAAUCCUCAGGUCACAAGACUGUUGAACAAAAGCCUGGAUGGUGUUCCAGUGGCUUCAUCAUAGUUACGCUGACAAUUCUUGAUGUCUCUUAGCAGAAACCUCUCUUACUAGCUGCCAGCAAUUUGGACGGAAAAGACAAAAAGAAGCUGGUCUGCCUGUGAUUUCUUCAAAUCUACUCUGCAGAUACUAGCAUUGUUUUUCUCUUAGUUGAAUUCAUCUGCGGGGUUUCUUUGUUGUUGGUCAGUGAUAGUCUGUCUCAGUGUAACUCUUUAUGCAAAUGUGCAUGAUUAUGAGCGUUCCCUUGACCCUCCUCAAUUCGCCAAGUCGUCUUGAUUGAGUAUGGCAGGCGGAGGAGGGGAUGGAUAUAAUGGACUCCACCAACUUUAAUGAGACAAAUGUCAGCUGUGGGCUGACAUUUUGAAAUAGUCCUUGUGAAUGACAGUGUCAGCAGUCACCUUUACCAAAGCUUUCCAGGGAAGGUCCCUGUAAUGAUGGAGGGAAUUAAAAUGGCCUCCAAGGCGGCAGAGAUAGUAGCCACAGGAUUAAGGUGCAAAGCCACGCCUCUUAAAUGAGCUCUUCUGCCACACCCCAAAUAAAGACGCCGGCUUUUCAUAAGAGUACAGCUCCUCACUACAUACAGUCACCCUGGGAUUUGAUGCAGGGAUUAUGGUGAAUGUUAGUUGUUGACCACAGUGAGAUUUGUUGAGAUGUGCUGUCCGUCACAUCCAAGGCCCCGCCCCUCCUCGGCUCUCAUUCUACCCCCUUGGUUGUGUGUGUGGUGGCAGACAGGGACAGGCUGUGCUGUCAUUACAAACUUAAUAAGAGCAGAAGUGAGAUUGAUGAGAAAAACAGAGGUAUCAACUGCUCUUUUAAUUAACUCCUAUCCCAUAAUGGUGUCGGGACAGAGGCACUGAGCAAAAGAAUGAGACAUUUUCUUUCUCUUUCCACCCCUUUCUGUUUUGUUGCCUCUCUCACCCCGAUAAUGAACAGCCUUCUGGGACCCAAUUACAUCCAAGGCUGCAUUAGGAGCACAGCAGGCCCAGUGGAAACUUCAGCUGAGUUUCCCCUCGUCUCCCCCCGCCGCUGCCUGUUACCCUGCUGGAGACGGCCUUCACUUGAUUGAAUUUUGAAUGUUACGUUCCCCCCCCCCCCCCCUCAACUCUUCUCUAGUCCCUCACCUUCACCAGUUCUGAACCCACAUGUGGUUCACGAUGGAAACAGGAGACAAUGUAUGCUUGUGGUUAGCUGUCCUUCACUUGAUAACUGCUUGCACCGAUAGUGGCUUUGUGUUCUAUGUGCAACGUGACUCACUAGGCCACAGACAAGGCCCCUGAUGGUCUAAGUUGCUACUUCAUAUAAUAUUCACUCCUUCUGUGUUGUGACCCUGCUGGAUAUAACAUAUUCUUGUGAGACCUUGCGGAGGGUGAUGACGGAAAAUCCUUGGAAUGUGGCCUUUUUGAACUGAAUGAACAUUAUAAUUCCAUGUGAAUGAAACAUCCAUUCAAGACUGUGCUGACCCCUGGUAAAGUAGUUAUCUGAGAAUAAUCAGGUCUUAAACUGCAAAGACCAGAUACACUGUACCUUUCUAUUAGGGCUCCUGUGGUACAUGAUAUCAAGGUGGUUGAAAAAUGCAU